CUCUUUGAUCUUCGCUGUUCUAAAGCUCGGCUGUUUGUUACUUUCAAGUCGCGCCGAUCGUCACAGCAUAAAGAACUUUUCCUCUCUCCCGCGAGUCUCAAACGCUCUUCCGAGCGCGGAAAACAGCGACGACGACAAUCAAAAGUGCGUUAAUAAAGUUCGCUCGAAUAUGCCGCAGCUGAACGGUGGAGGGGGAGAUGAUCUCGGGGCGAAUGAUGAGAUGAUCGCGUUUAAAGAUGAAGGAGAUCACGAGGAGAAGAUCCGAGAGAGCGCGUUCACGGAGAGCGACUUGGCUGAUCUCAAAUCAUCUCUGGUCAAUGAAUCCGAGAUCAGCCAGAACUCAAACUCAGCCGUGAUCAGAAGAGGACAGCAGGAAGUUCAGAGAAUCUACGCCGAUAAACGAGAACAUCUGGACGACGUGCCCAAGCAUCAAGAUGGUGGAAUGUACAAAGCGCCGUAUUCUGGAUACCCGUUCCUGAUGCUGCCUGAGCCGUAUCUCCCGAACGGACCCGUCUCUCCAUCUUCCAAUAAGGUUCCAGUGGUACAACACCCCCAUCAUGUUCAUCCCCUUACACCACUGAUUACCUACAGCAAUGAACACUUCUCCCCUGGGACGCCUCCCUCUCACCUCUCGCCGGAAAUUCUUGACCCAAAGACAGGCAUACCAAGGACCCCUCACCCUUCAGAGCUGUCCCCGUAUUACCCGCUCUCUCCUGGGGCAGUUGGACAGAUCCCUCACCCUCUAGGAUGGCAAGGCCAACAUAUGUACUCCAUCCCUCCUGGGGGCUUCAGACACCCCUACCCUGCACUCGCCAUGAACGCCUCCAUGUCUAGUCGUUUCUCUCCUCACAUGGUGCCUCAUCCUCCUCAUGGCCUGCACCAGACGGGCAUCCCUCACCCAGCCAUUGUGUCGCCUGCCAUCAAACAGGAGCCCAGCGCCGACAACGGCAGCAACUCGACACACGGAAAGCCCUCGGUGCCUGUGAAAAAAGAGGAAGAGAAGAAGCCUCACAUCAAGAAGCCCUUAAAUGCCUUUAUGCUCUACAUGAAGGAAAUGAGGGCCAAAGUAGUGGCCGAAUGCACCCUGAAAGAGAGCGCAGCCAUCAACCAGAUCUUGGGCAGAAGGUGGCACUCUCUUUCACGUGAGGAACAGGCCAAAUACUACGAACUCGCCAGGAAAGAACGGCAGCUGCACUCUCAGCUUUAUCCGGGCUGGUCUGCGCGAGACAACUACGGAAAGAGGAAGAAACGGAAGAGAGACAAUAAACCUGAUUCCCCACAAGAGAGUAACUUCUCACCCCAGCCCAAGAAGCAGUGCGUCCCGUACCUGCCGUCCGACAAAAUGUGUGACAGCCCUACCUCCUCUCACGGCAGCAUGCUGGACUCGCCCGCCACGCCGUCCGCCGCCCUGGCAUCGCCGGCAGCCCCCGCAGCCACUCACUCGGAGCAGGCUCAGCCCCUGUCCCUCACCACCAAACCGGAGGGCAGAGCCCACCACCCCCACUUCCCCCUGCCAGGGAAAGCCUCGGGCUCCAGCUCCUCGUCCUCGUCCAGCUCCACCGCUUCCCAUCCGAGCAUCUCCCUCCACAGCCAGUCGGCGGCCCUCCUGAGCCGCCCCAUCCCCUUCACCACCCUGCCUCCUUCCCUGCUCUCCCCGUCCUCGCCGUUCCACCAGGCAGCCCUACAUUCCCAUCAUGCCUUGCUGCAAACACAACCUCUCUCUCUGGUCACCAAAUCAGUAGAGUGAAUGGAAAAAACUACAAACUUUUUACACUUGUAUAUUGCUUUUUUUGUUUUUGUUUU